UUUUGUGGAUGGUAUGGCCAGUUGUCGAGCAUCUUCAGACACGCUCGUGAGCCCGUCAUCAUGUCUUUACGAAGACACAGCGCUUCGUUAGUUGUGUUUUUACUUUGUUUUCUCUCUUUGAAUACUCUAAUCGUUUCAGCAUUCUCCAAGUCCGAAUUACUAUUUCCCUACGGUGCAGUGGUUUCUGAUCGACGACUGGACAAUGAUACCGACGAUUUCAAUAGUAUCGAAGUUCAAUUGACAACGCCAGUGGUGUUUUACGACCAAAUCUACAACUCUAUAUACGUCAAUGAAAAUGGAUUGGUGUCAUUUUUGACGGAGAUAGCCAACUUUUUUAGUAUUCCAUUUCCACUAGACUACCCUACUAUAGCUCCAUUAUAUUCAGACGUCGAUAUUCGAGCCAGAGGAGCUGUAUGGUAUAGGGAAACACGCGAUUCGCUGGACAUCAAACGCGCCUCUGUUUUGGUGCAAAAACACUUCACAUCUGGACGAGGGUUUGAAGCCAAGGACUUGUUUAUCGUCACUUGGGAUGACGUCGGCUUUUUCGAUCGAGGAAACGAUAAGGGCAACACUUUCCAGCUUGUGAUAGCUUCCGACAACCAAGAAUCCUUCACUUUGUUUGCCUAUCCGGAUAAAGGCAUCCAGUGGAUACAAGGAAUCGGUAAAAAUCCAAAUCUCCCAGACGCUAGGGCACAGACUGGAUUUGUUUCUGGAGAUGGCCGAUUCUAUGUCCUUAAAGGUUCCGGUUCGGAUCAAGUUUCCAACUUAAAUAAAUUAUCAAAUAUUGGAGUUCCUGGCGUGUGGAUGUUUCGUGUUGGAAAACUCGGCCAGACCGGCGAAGUUGAAUCGCCUGAUUUAGCUACUGGAGACACUACACUACAACAACCACAAGGAGCUGAAACAUGUGCGGUAGGAUCGGCCCUUUGUCACAGCAAAGCUAUAUGCGUUGACUAUAAUCCGGGAUUCUGUUGCCAAUGUUCUUCUGGUUUCGUUGGAAAUGGUAGAAAUUGCUUGACGGAAGGGAUUCCACAACGAAUUAACGGCAAAGUCAGCGGCAAAAUCAAUGGUCUUAGCUUCCAGGACGAAGAUCUCCACUCGUACGUCGUUACCAGCGAUGGCCGUGCCUACACUGCAGUGUCCAAGAUGAACGAGAGCAUUGGCUUUGAUUUGCAACCUCUCUCCAUGCUUGGUGGAGUAGUUGGCUGGUUAUUUGCACGUUCCACUUCCACUUCCGCCCCCAACGGUUACCAACUUACAGGAGGGAAGUUCAAUUUCACAACGACAAUGGAUUUCCCGCAAUCCGGUCACCGUGUCGUCAUCGAACAACGGUUCCAUGGCGUAGAUGUGUUCAACUAUUUACGGAUGAGCAUUCACGUGUUCGGAACAGUUCCUUCUAUUCCGCAUGGCUCUAAAAUAGAAAUCUCUGAUUACGAAGAAGAACAUCACAAAACGGGAUUAGGUGAAUUCAGGUCAGCGAGUCGGCGAGCGUUUCGCAUCGAAGGUUCAAGUCUGGACAUUCCAUUCAGUGUCGAUCACGUCAUUCACUUCGAAGAGUGCCCGUUCGCGUCGCUCGACAAUAGAACAAUACUGAAGCUAAAAGUAGCAAGAAAUUUCGUCACGUACGAUGCUCGUGAACUCAUCGUUCGUUUUGCUAUGACAACCAAAAUUUCACCUCUACAAGAGACGGAGGAUCCUUGCGUCAAAGGACAGGCCUCGUGUGUUCCUAACAGUAUCUGUAUCGCGGACAAAGACACAUUCCGAUGCGUUUGCAGUAAAGGAUACGAAUACUAUUACGAAGAGGGCAAAGCGGAAUCAUCAUGUGUAGAUGUUAAUGAGUGUAAUAUAGGCACGGAUCGAUGCGACGAGAACGCGCUCUGUUUCAAUGAACCAGGCGGUUACCAGUGUCGCUGUAAAGCCGGAUACAACGGCGACGGAUUCAAUUGUCAGAAGGAGACACCUUGCUCGCGUGUCCGUUGUUCCGCUAACUCGCUAUGCGUUGAGAAUGCCCAAGGACAUCCAGAGUGUCGUUGCAUUCCUGGAUUCAAGGAAAUCGAAAAUCAAUGUCAGCCUAUUAGCUCACCGAACAUGACUACUGAUUGUCAACAAGAAGACAAAUGUGACAUCAACGCUCAAUGUAUCUAUAACAGCCAAGCUGACCGUUAUGUGUGUCAGUGCUUGAGUGGAUUCCGUGGCGAUGGUCUGAUGUGCGUCCUUUCAUCGGAAUCUUGCGAACACGCUGCCAAUUGCAGUCCGUAUGCUACAUGUACGCACAACGAAGUACUUAACAGUUACCAGUGCAUAUGUCUUCCCGGUUUUGAAGGCGAUGGGUACGAAUGUGUGCGGCCCACUUGCAUUCUCGGCGUUUGCUGGUGCCCUGAUGGUUACCUGUACGUCAACGAUAAAUGUGAACGCUCCGUUAUCAGCGGAGAAGCCCCCGUUUCUUGCAACGAGGUAAACAUAUGCCACUCAAACGCUCGUUGCGUUUUGUCUACCGCCAACUCCACCAGUCCGGAAGAACAGUAUACUUGUCAGUGCAAUGAUGGCUACGUAGGAGAUGGUUUCCAGUGCGCUAUGGAGAUCGGUUUGCCAAUCGUCUCGACUGAGACACCGUCUGGUUGCGAUGUCAGCGGUUGCGGUCCAGACGCCACGUGUGUCUACGAUGACGAAGCGCUCCAAUCGGUUUGCGUUUGCAAUGACGGCUACCGCGGCGACGGCCUUUUCUGCACUCCCAUCGAUGGAUGUAGCGCUUUAUCUGACUGCGAUAUCAACGCCCAAUGUUUAUUUAGCAACAGAGAUCAACGUUUCCAAUGCGAAUGUAAUCAAGGAUAUUUUGGAGACGGAAAAAGCUGUUAUCGUGCAGAACAAAUUGCUGAAGAAGAAGAAGAAGAAGAAGAACCCGGUUGUAAUGAAGUGAAUAACUGUCACGUUAAUGCAGCCUGUGUCACUGAUGAAUCGAGCGCCAGAUAUGUAUGCAUUUGUCGUUCAGGCUUUAAUGGUAACGGCUUUCACUGCGAACCCAGUGUCAUCGGUUGUAACGUCAUCAAUAAUUGCCAUCGUGAUGCUCAGUGCCUCUACGAUCCCGAAUCCAUUGGCUAUAGAUGCAAAUGCAAAGAGGGUUUUACUGGUAGUGGAACUACCUGUCGGCCUCUUGAAUCGUGUGUCGAUAACGAAAGCAUCUGUCAUGCGAAUGCCCUUUGUGCGUGGAACACGGAGGGUUACUAUGGCUGCCGUUGUCGCGAAGGUUUCAGAGGCGAUGGUUAUCAAUGCCAAGUUAUACCUAAACAUGAGGGCAAAUUCUUGUUGAUCAGUCACGGUAUGUCCAUUUUACGCGUCCCAGUCCAACCGUCACCGACAAAGCCCGGACGGCCAAUUUUCGUUCAAAUAUUCCAGGCAGCCGUUGGUAUCGAUAUCGACUGUCAUGAAGGCAAGGUUUAUUGGAGCGAUGUCAACGGACGGAUUAUCACAAGUGCAGCGUACAACGGAUCAAACUCCAAAGUCUUCCUUAAUUCUGAUAUUGGGUCACCUGAAGGCAUCGCUAUUGACUGGGCAUCGAGAAACAUGUAUUGGACUGAUUCGAUGCGAGACACGGUGGAGGUGGCCAAUUUGGAUUCGAAAAUUCGACGUGUUCUUUUCAAUACCAAUUUAAUCAAUCCUCGUGGCAUCGCGGUUCAUCCUUCUCGUGGCCUACUUUUCUGGAGUGAUUGGGACCGUGCAAACCCUAAAAUCGAACGCGCCAAUGCCGACGGGACGGAUCGUCGCAGCGACUUUAUUACCACCUCUCUACAGUUACCUAAUUCGCUAACUAUCGAUUACGAAAACGAAGAAAUUUGCUGGGCCGAUGCAGGUGUUCGCAGAAUUGAAUGUGCAAAUUUAGAGGGUGGUAAUCGUCGAGUAAUAAGCUCCGACGUCAAAUACCCGUUUGGCCUUACUCACUACGGACAACGCCUUUUCUGGACGGAUUGGGAAGAGAAAACUAUCAAAAGUGCUUCAAAAGAUGAGAACGACACUGACAACAUAUCCUUGCAAGUGCCACUCGGCGGACAAGGAAAGCUGUAUGGAAUUGUUGCUGUUCCGGAAACAUGUCCUAGAGUUCAAUCAACGUGUCAGAUUGCCUCUGGAGGAUGCAAUGCGGAGCAAAUUUGUCUGCCCAACGGGACGAAUGGCAGGACCUGUCUUUAACAAUUAAUCCCGAGAUUUUUGUUUUAACUCAAUAUCAUUUCAGAGAGGUGAGAGGGAAAGUUCAUUUUUUUUUUCUAUCGAGAUGUAACCAUGUAACAUACACCCUCAAGUGAAACAUGACUAUGGUCACGAUAGGCGUCUUACAAAAUUAAAAAUUCUUGCCAAUUUCAUUGAAAAGGAAGCAAGUUACCAUGGCAAUAGUAAUGAGUGAUGAUGAUGUUGAAUGUCUACCAUUAUCAAAGUGUGCGUAUAAUAUUACACAAUCUCUGAAUUUC